AUGAGUAACUAUAACAAAAGCGAUAGGAGAAAAAACGUGGGCUCCAUAUUAUGCAGCUACUACAAUUUAGAAAGGGAAAAUAACUGCAAUAGGAAGGAAAACCAUAUGAAUAGUUUAAGUUACAAAGAUCAAGUGACUAGAAAUGAUAUAACAGAUGAAGACAAGUAUAGAAAAUUAAAGACUGAUAAAGGGAAUACAAAUGACAUAUCAAAAGAAAUGAACAGUGAGGUAUAUAUAGACGAACUGGAUAAAAAAAGUUCUGAAUUUAAUGUUAAUGAUUAUUUUAAAAAGUUAUUAGAAAAGUCCAGUUUAGAAGAAUUAAUACACAAGUCCAAAAAAAUCGAAAAGGAAAUUAAACAGAAUGAUAGCUUUAUGCAAUCUUUAGUAUAUGAGAAUUACAGUAAAUUUAUAGAUGCUACUGAUACGAUAGUGCUUUUGAAAAAAAAUUUUAAAAAUGUAAAGGAAAAAAUAAAAAAUAUAAAUGAUCAUCUUACAUAUAUUGAUGAUAAUUCCAAUUUGGUUAGUAGCAAAGUGUCAGAAAAUUUUGAAAAAAUUGAAAAUUUAAUACAAAUAAAAAAACUGUUAAAUGAUAUUAAUAUAAUUAUGAAAAUACCCAAAAAUAUGUUCUCUUUAAUUAUUCAAAGGAAAUACAUAAACUCUUUGAAAUUAUUUAUCGAAGCCGUUCCAUUCUUUUAUAAAAAUCAACACUUUAGGGUUUUUCAAAAUUUGUAUUUAGACUGCGAUAAUUUAGCAAACAUUGCUUGUUACAUGUACUUAAAGGAAUUGAAAGGGGGAAAAAUUGAUAGAGGAAAAGCUGAACAUAGUAGAAAAAGUCUACAAGAUGAAACAGGUUCACGGGAGGAAGAUACAGAAUUGGGUGAACAAGAUGAAAAGGGAGAAAGGAACAACCCCAUCUUUUUCGAUAAAGACAAUUUAGAAAAUUCUUUUCAUAUACUUCAUUCUCAUGUUGGGUUAAGUGAGCAAAUCGUGUCCUGUCUCUAUUUAGUACUAGCAUAUGGGGAAGAUAAAAAAAAUGUAAGAAAUAUGUACAUUCAGAAUAGAAUUAUGGCAUUAAGAUAUUUAUUACAGAACAUAUUUAGCCUGAACAAUUACGUAAAUUUCGGUGCGAAGGAGAUGCCUUUGGCGGGUACAGCCCUGGGAAGAAGUAAACUACAUAACGAGAGAAGUGGAAGUGGUAAUGAAACGGUUAAUGGCAAUGAAAAUGGAAACGACCAUGAAAACAUCCAUGGAAGUAGCAGCAGCAAUAUCAAGGUGUACAUUCGGGACGCGAAUGACGACACGUGCUCCAAUGAACUGUACAAUAAAAUAUUCGAAAACAUUCUGGAGCUAUCGUUUAAGUACUUGGUAAAUUUCUUUUUUGGUGUCAUUGAAAAUUUUGAAGAGAUUUUUCUAAGUGAAGGUUAUUCUAAUAAUAAGGCAAGUACAGAGAAGAUAUUUUUUUUAAAUGGAAAAGAAGUAAAACCGUCUGAGGCUAUCCCAUAUAUAACUGGUUUAAUAAACAAUCUUAACUUGAAUAUAAGAGAAAAAAGUCGAGAGCGAAAAAUGGAUGGAACAGCAGAACGGCUGUCAUCGACUCUUUUCCCUUCUUCAUAUGAUCCCAAUGCAAAAUGGCUUCAACUUGAGGAGGAAGAGAUAUGUAUGAGUUACAACCCUUUUAAUAAAGUGAGAUACGAUGAUGUAUUCAACUUGUGGGACACAGUAGUUGACGAUGAUGAUAAGAAAAUGAUGGAAUCAUUAACAAAAAGCUUCUUUAAUGUUUUACUAAAGUUAACGGUUGACCUUAUAUAUAUGUUUAACCCACCCAUACAACUAAUUGUUCUUUCGCUAAACAAGUUAAUAGUAAACGUAAAAAAUUAUGAGGCGCGCAAAAGUAGCGGUAGUAGUAGCAGCAGCAGUAGCUGCGUCAGUGGCAGUACCAGUGCAUUGGUGAUGAUCCCAUUUUUGAGUAGAUUCAUAAAGAAGACGUAUUACAUAGUACUGAAGCUACGGUUUUAUAAUUUAUGCUUUACGAAUAAUUUAAAUCUCACGAACUUUUUAAAUUUAUGUAAUAAGAAAGAUUUAAAUUAUGUAUUAGAUGAUAAAAAUGAACUGGGUCAUAAUGUUUUGUUGAGCCUUUGUCUAACGUUCAUGGAUUUAUCGACAUUUUAUGAACAGGUACAGGUGGUAAAUACGCAUUUUUAUUUUAAAAAUAUAAUAAAUUUCGUUAUUAUUUAUUUUAUUUUUCUCACAAAAUUUAUAAAUUCCUUUAUAUACCAUUUCGUUUGUGUGUAUGAUAGAAAAGAUAUGCGGUGUGACGAAUCAAAAAGGGAGGAGGCAAAUAAAGAACAGGUAGUAAUAAAUAAUGUCCAUGUGAAGGACUGUAAUUAUGAUGCACCUGUAUGUAACAAAAGAAAAAAAAAUAUACAAAAUGAUGAGAUGUGUAGUGAAGGGGAUAUCACUAUUAUUGAAAAUAAGUGCAUUAACAUGAGUGAACAUAUGCGUAUGAAAUUUGUAAAUGACAAGGAUGAGGAGGAAUUUUAUAUGAGUGAUAUAUUAGUGGAUGAAUACUCAGAUGACUCCUAUGUAGAUAACGAAAAAAAUACGAUUAAGUACAAAAAUAUUUAUUUAACUUCGUAUAACUGUGAUGGUGAUGGGGCAAAAAGAGGGACUAGAGAAAAGGUCCCAAGUUGUUCGAAACACUUGUCCUAUUACUUAUAUAAUGGUAUUCAUAUAAGUAAUACUCCAUUUCAAAAUAUCUUACGAAAUACAAAAAAAUAUAUGAAAAUGGAUUAUGAACAAUUCUUUGAGCAAAUUAUAGAAAGGCAAAAUUUCGAAGCAAAAAAAAAUAAGAAGAUCUACUUUUUGUUAUCUCUAGUGAGCAUAUUUCAAAAUUUUAAAGAAGAAGGUAUUUCUAAAAUAUUUAGUAUAAUUGUUGAUAUGUACAAAGAAGGUUACGCUUUGGUGAAUGACAGAAGGAAAAUAUGUUUAAGUAACGAACUGAAAACGCUCUUAUAUGAGGAUGUAUAUUCCUUUUUUAAAGAAGAUAAUAGUAGUAAUGAGGAGGGGGAGGAAUGUGAAAUGAAUACUUUAAUCCGUACCACGAAUGGGAGAGAGAGUGAUAAACACACUGAUCGGCAUAACACUGACAUUGACCUGGAUACACAAGCGGAUAUGCGCACUAGUCUUCACGCUGAUGAUACUGAAUGGACAUGGGAGGAGGGAAAGAGGCUGGGUUUCCACCUAAGUGUUGUAGAUAAAAGUAAAAUGCGUAAAGAUAGUAAAGAUAUAAAAAAUGGUAAAUACACAAAGGAUAGCAAAUACACAAAAGAUGGUAAAUACACAAAGGAUGGUAAAUACACAAAGGAUGGUAAAUACACAAAGGGUGGUAAAGAGAAUGAUGAAAUGAACGCUAGUUUGAAUGCCAACAAAGGGGACUUAUAUAGUAAACUAUCAUUCCGAAAAAGUAAAACUUCAGAACAACAUGAGGGAAAAAGUAACACAUUAAUAGUAGCAAUAAAAUCAAAUGAAAAAAGAGGUUAUAUUUAUCGUAAAAAGGCUAAUAACAAUGGCAAUGAUUUAGAUAGGAAUGGAAAUUCUCAAUGUGCCCUCAUGAGUAAGUCGGUUGAUGAGGGAAAUGUUAACGAUAAGGAUGGAAGUAAGUACGACGACAUGAGCGAUCGCAGCGAUAUGAGUGGACACAGUGGUAGGAGUAGCCACGACGGGAUUAAUUCAUCCCUUAGGGGAAUGACGCACGAGGGAAGAAAAAAAAAGAAAAUUGAAGAUUUCAUGUCCGGUGAAACAGACGGAAAAUCAAAAAAUAUUCCAUCAAAGCAAUAUUACAGUGAUGAUGAUUUUUAUAGCGAAAAAAAUGAAAAAGAGAUGAAGAAAUAUGCAUUAGGCAUAUGUAAUUUUGUAAGGUAUAAAUUUCACGAAAAAUAUAAUGAAUUAAUGAAUUUGUUUAUUUCCUAUUAUAUUAAUAAAAUAUCCCAUAACAUAAAAACAUACAUUCAGAAUGGGAAAUGGGUAGAGGGAGAAGAGGUAAAACUAGUGAGCAAUAAUUUUAUAUACCUUUUUAAAAAUAUUCAUAAAAUUUAUUCUACGUUAACGCUUUUUUUUGAUCGAAAAAUAAAAGGGUCAUCAUAUACCUUGUACGAAUUAAACGAACUCUAUGUAAAUAUAGUACGGGAAUUAGAAAGAAUUUGCAAAACAAGUUCGAAAGAACAAAAGUUUACUUCAAAUGUGAUGCAUAAUAUAAAUUUAACUCCCAAUGAUAAGAAGCAAAUUAGUCAAAACGUAAGAGAUAAUAAAAGCAGUAGUGUUAGCACUAACAUUAGUACUACGUUUGAUACUAACGUUAACGUUAACAUUGGCCGUGGCAAUAUAUUAUGUUUACCGGGUUACCAGAGGAAUAUAGAAAUGUAUAUGUAUAAACUGUACAUGCUGAAGAUGGAAAAUUACAAAAAAAAUAUUCCUCUUAAAGCUAGCAAAAUUAUCCUUGUCAUAAUUAAAAUAUUGUUUAAAAACUACACGGAAUAUGUAAGAAAUGCACAUUUUAAUGAAUACCGUUUUUACAAAUUAAAAAUUGAUUUUUUCUUUUACUUUCAUUGUUUGAAAUAUUAUAUUCCUGUUGAUGAUGAAAAUGUUUUAUUUGUUAUUCUAGACGAGGUAUUGAUAAAUGCAAAUGAUAGAAUAUGCGGUCUACAUAGAACAGAUGACGGACGGUCUGUCUAUCGUAUUCACAUGCUGGACGAUAUCGGCAUUGACACGGAUGCGAACGUGAAGUUUAUACUGCGCAACAUCAGGAGGCGUUAG